GUCAUAUUGUCAUAGAUUUUCGAGUAAAGCGAAAAGCUGCAAAAUCCACAUAAAUUUCACAUAAUUCUGCGUUUUAUAAGACAUAAAAAGUAAAAAAUGGCUCGCGAAAGCAGUGCUGGAUUUGAUAGACAUAUCACAAUCUUUUCGCCUGAGGGAAGACUAUACCAAGUUGAAUACGCCUUGAAAGCGAUCAAUCAGGGUGGUUUGACGUCGGUGGCACUCCGAGGCACAGACACUGCAGUGGUCGCAGCUCAGCGCAAGGUGCCCGACCGCCUGCUGGACCCUGCGUCCGUCACACAUCUAUUCCGCCUAACCAGUCGUAUCGGCUGCGUGAUGACUGGCAUGAUUGCUGAUAGCAGAUCUCAAGUGCAGAGAGCUCGUUAUGAAGCUGCCAACUGGCAGUACAAGUAUGGUACUGAGAUUCCGAUCCAUAUCCUGUGCCGACGUAUAGCAGACAUCUCACAGGUCUACACACAAAAUGCUGAAAUGAGACCAUUGGGAUGCAGUAUGAUGUUGAUCGCAUAUGAUGACGAGGCAGGACCAUGUGUAUACAAGACUGAUCCUUCAGGAUAUUACUGCUCGUACAAGGCAGUGGCAGUGGGAGCAAAGACGACCGACGCGAACGCGUACUUGGAGAAGAAGUUGAAGAAGCGCGGCGCGGAGGGUGGUGCGGGGGGUGCGGAGGGCGCGGAGGCGGCGGUGCAGCUGGCGGUGGCGUGCCUGGCGCACGUGCUCGCCGUCGACUUCAAGCCGCACGAGCUGGAGGUGGGCGUGGUCACCAAGGACAACCCCAACUUCAGAGUGCUCACCGAGAGUGAAAUCGACAGACACUUGACCGCCAUCGCCGAAAAGGAUUAAGGGGGAAGGAGACCAUAGUUUACCUGUAUAUCUUUUUUAAUAAACUCUUUCGAUCGC